CGGCGAGAGCUAGGAAAACCAUGGAGACGAUGGCGGAGAACGUCGGCGGCGGCUACAAUUGGCAAAAACGCUGCAUGACGCUGGAGUCCCAGCUCCUCCGGUUCAGGCUGCAGGCUGGCAAGAUCCGGGAGCUGUUAGCCGAAAAGGUGAGCAGGAGGAGGCGUAGGCUCAUAGCAGCAUCCAAAAGGAAGGAAUCCAAAGAUGCGCAGGUGCAGGCAAUGCAGGAGAAAUUGAAAGCAGCCAACAUCCAGACCAGCGAAUCAGAGAACAGUUUGUUCAAGAAGUACCAGGAGCUCACCAAUACGCUGCAGGAAAAGGAUGACGUGAUUCAGAGGCUGGAGCAACAGUUAGACAAACAGAACCAGAUGAGAGCACAGGAGGCGAAGGUGAUUGAGGAGAAGGCUGUCAGGAUCAAAGAGUGGGUGACGUUUAAGUUAAGAGAGCUGGAGUUCGAAAACCAACAUCUCAAAGUAACUACCCAGAAGCAAGCUGAACAGAUUCAGGCCCUGCAUGCCAAGAUUCAAGACUCACGGAGCGAGCGACCGGGAGCCGAUGCGUCGGCGGGCGGGGCCCCCGAAACCGCCCCCGUGGCUCUGUCCUGGCCCGCGGCGGCGGGUGAAGAGCCCUGCGCCGAGGAGGGGGAGGAGCGGCCUGGACGGAUUGCCACGGAGGGGGAGGAGGGCCGGGCCGAGGCGGGGAGCAGAUCGCUCCGGCCUGAGGCCUGCCCCCCGGAGCCCGCUCUGGGCCUGGAGGGGGACGGCGGAGGCGGUCCCGAGGUCAGGCCCCCGCUGCGGGCCGCCCGGGAGACGGCGGUGGUCAAGGGCUGCUCAGCACCGACAUCCGGUGACGGCGCCACCCAGAGGCCGAGGCCCACCCUGCCAGCCUUGGCGGCCAGGGAGGGCCCCGUGGUCACCAGCAUGACCCUGCCCAAGGCCAGGACGCCGCUGGCGCCGAGGGACAGCAUCCAGCUGGCGAAGAAACACCUCAGCCAGCCACAGGCCGGGGCCUCCGAUAGGCCCCACCGCCUCAUCCGCAUUGACAUCGUCUGCCCCGCCUUCCAGCCGGCCGGCCCCGCCCGGGUCCAGGAGACGGACAUCGACGACGUUCCUGAGCGGAUGGACACCGAAGAGUGCGAAGGCUCCCUGGCCCGGGACGGCUCCCUCCCGUCCCCACCAUCACCGUCACCACCACCACCACCGCUGUCACUACCGGCGUCGAAAGAGGCUUCGGUGGGUUCGGAAAGCUCCUCCUCCAGGAACGAACCUCCGCCUCCCCCCCUGCAUCGUUUGCCCUCCUGGGAAGGUCGAAUAUACGCCCUGGCCAAGUCUGGCAUGAGAAUGUCGGAGGUGACCCUGGCUAGCAGCUCCUCCAAGAGAUUGUCAAACGUUCCUGGGAGUCUAACCUCUGGGCCUUUCACUCAUCUCAUAUACAAGAAUGUGACAGUUCCUGUCUACACCACUCUGAAAGGGAAAGCCACGCAGAUCAGCAACAUUCCCUUCCCGGACGAGUCCUCGGGAUCCGACGACGACAGCAGUUCCCAAGCCAGCUUCCGAACGUCUGCCGUGGGACCGGAGCCGAGGAAAAACAGCGGACCCGGGAGCCCCCGAGCUGUGAAAAGAGGGGUCUCGAUGUCCUCGGUCAGUUCCGAAAGCGAUUACGCCAUCCCUCCCGAUGCCUGCUCUGUGGACAGCGAUUACUCCGAGCCGGAGCACAAGCUGCUACGGACCUGCUCUGUCUACUCCACGGAGAGCAACUGCACCGAGCCUUUGGAGAAGUCUGGCUAUCUGCUGAAGAUGGGAGGCCAGGUCAGGACAUGGAAGAGACGGUGGUUUGUGCUGAGAAAUGGAGAGAUCCUGUACUACAAGUCACCAAGUGAUGUCAUCCGGAAGCCACAGGGUCGGAUCGAGCUCAGCUCCUCAUGUCGUAUCAUUCGGGGCGAAGGAGCACAAACCUUCCAGCUGGUGACCGGGAAAAGGACGUACUAUCUGACGGCGGACUCACCGAACAUCCUGGAGGAGUGGAUCCGGGUACUCCAGAGCAUUCUGAAGGUCCAGCUCGCUGGCCCAGUCAUCCCACAGACAGAAUCGAAACCCUCUGUCCGGGGCUGGCUGACCAAGGUGAGGCAUGGCUACUCCAAACUGGUCUGGUGCUCCCUUGUAGGAAAGGUCUUCUACUACUUUCGGAACCAGGAUGACAAGUUUCCUCUGGGCCACCUGAAAGUCCGAGAAGCUAAAAUCGGAGAGGUGGACCGUUCCUGCGACUCAGAUGAGGAUUACGAGGCAGGAGGCCGGGGGUUCCUGUCCUCACAUUUCACUGUGGUCAUCCAUCCAAAGGAUCAAAGUCCGACUUACCUCCUGAUUGGGACUAAACAGGAAAAGGACACCUGGCUCUACCACUUGACUGUGGCAGCUGGGAGCAGCCAGUCGAAAGUGGGAACAGAGUACGAGCAGCUCAUCGGAAAACUGCUGGAUAUCGAUGGGGAGCCAAACUCACUGAUGUGGAAGCACCCUGUGCUCUGCUGCAGCAAGGAUGGUAUUGUGAAUGCCCUCACCACACUCCCUUCAGAUGCUCUGCAGACUGAAGCACUCAAGCUGUUCAAGUCAUGCCAACUGUUCAUCAAUGUGCUGGUUGAGGCACCUUCGAUUGACUACCAUGUGUCGCUGGCGCAGAAUGCACUGCAGGUUUGCCUGACUCACACGGAACUGCAGAAUGAGAUCUACUGCCAGUUCAUUAAACAGACCAGCCACAGGCAGCCUCAUAACUUCUCCCUCAUCCAGUGCUGGCAACUCCUGGCUCUCUGCGUUGCUCUUUUCCUUCCCCAGCAUCACUUCCUGUGGUAUCUGAAGCUUCACCUGCAACGCCAUGCUGAUCCCAGGACUGAGAUAGGUAAAUAUUCCAUCUACUGCCAGAGGUCGGUGGAGCGGACACUGAGGAAUGGGGACCGGGAAGCCAAGCCAUCCCGGAUGGAGAUAAUGUCGAUCCUCCUGCGAAAUCCCUACCACCACUCACUCCCUUUCAGCAUACCAGUCCAUUUCAUGAAUGGUACUUACCAGGUUGUGGGCUUUGAUGGUUCCACCACAGUCGAGGAGUUCUUGCACACACUCAACCAGGAAAUAGGGAUGAGAAAGCCACUACAUUCGGGAUUCGCACUCUUUACUGAUGAUCCUUCUGGAAAGGAUUUGGAACACUGUCUGCAGGGCACUGUGAAGAUUUGCGAUGUGAUUUCAAAGUGGGAACAAGCACUAAAGGAACUACACCCCGGUAAAUAUGAAAGUAACAGGAUUGUACGGCUGAUAUAUAAAAGCAGAAUGUAUUUCAGAGCUCAGGCGAAGGGCGAAACGGAGCGAGAGCGCCUCCUGCUGACCUAUCAGGUUAAUGAUGAGGUGGUGAAUGGACGAUUCCCUGUGAACAAAGACCUAGCAUUGGAGGUGACUGCUUUAAUGGCACAGGUGGAAUAUGGUGACCUGGCACGCCCCAUUCCUUCCAGUCCAGGGAGCAGCUCCCAGUCUAAGACACACCAGUUUCUGCAGCAGGUUCUGGAGAAAUUCUAUCCAAGGCACUACAGACAAGGAUGCACGCCACAACAGAUCAGGCGACUGGCAGAUACGCUGGCCACCAAAUGGAUGCUUCUGAGGGGUUGCAGUGGAGCUGACUGCGUACGAAUCUACCUGACAGUCGCCCGCAAGUGGCCACUCUUUGGAGCAAAACUCUUCACGGCGAAGCCAGUUGCCCCCUCACCCCUCGACGAGAAGCCUGUGUGGUUAGCAGUGAAUGAAGAUGGUGUCAACAUCUUGGAAUGCAGCACAAUGCAUCCUGUGGUAAAUUAUCCCUAUCCCUCGGUCUUGACUUUUGGAGGUUGUCGCGAUGACUUUAUGAUUGUGGUCAGCAAAGCCAAGGACGGGAACCCAGUGAAAACCACCGUUGAGAAACUGGUGUUUGCCAUGGUGAAGCCUAAGAUCCUGGAGUUGACCCUGAUACUUGCCAGUUACAUCAACCACAGCAACUGCCACUCAUCGUUGACCUCGCCUAAUCCUCCGCCUGCAAACCUCUCGGGCAAGAAGCUGUGGGAGAUCGACAGCAAGCAUUUCCCAAGUAUGACGCGGACCACACAGGGUCCCACCUUGCUCUGAGACCCCAGCCCCAAGCAGCGGCUGAAGACACAGUGCUGUGACCCCGGCUACCAGAGGACAAACCACUUGGAAGAUUCAAAUGGCGCACGGAUCACCGUUUGGACCUGGACCCUCUCUAUUGCAGUCUGUAUUUAAGUGCUCAAGUAGCGUUUAGACUUGAUUUCUUUGUCGUUUUGAUAGUUCACAAAUUGCCACGGUACAUCUCGUGUGAGCUCAGUGUGCCAAUCCCAGCAGGCUCUGUGCCAUCGGUGCUAAGGCUGGUCCAUAUGCAGUAAACCGAAACGGUGCAGGCUGUUGGGAAGGGCACCUGUUGUCAGGAAAAGCACCCUGAGCUGGGAAAGGCCUUUCUCCGAAGCUGUUUCCUCCUUUUACCCCAUUCUGCCAAGGGUUGAGUGCUCUGUAAACAAAGCAGCACCCACUUCCUAUUACAUUAUCUGAUUCUGAUGGGCUUCAGCACACAAGGGCAAGGUUAUGACACAGAUUUUGUUACCAGUAAAUUGGCUUUGACUCCAAGGCUGUAAGGUUUCUCAGCAGAAGCCAGAGCCCUUUGCGUAAGAACGAGAGAUGGAUCACAGCAGCAGCAGGGCCACAGACCUCUUCUUUCAGACAUCCUGGCACUGUCCUUUCGUCAGGCAAAAGAACCAUCAGUGCAGUCAAUUAAAGUCGCACUGGCACGUGUUAACUGAGGAACAACAGCAUCCGGGUCUACCACGCCGGGCGUCUGUCUGUGUGGAGUUUGCACAUUCUCCUCGUUUCCUCCCACAGUCCAAAGACGCGCAGGAUAGGUGAGCUGGCAGUGCCCCGUAGUGUCCGGGGACGUGAAGGUUAGGUGAAUUAGCCUCGGGAAAUGCAGGAUUACAGGGAUGGUGGGGUGGGAUGCUCUUUGGAGGGCCGUUGAGGACGCAAUGGGCCGAACGGCCUGUGAUUCUAUACCAAUCGGCACCGGGAAUAGGAGUCUGCACCCACUACUCCUUCAGGUCCUACCGUAUGAAUGUGUUAGAUUUGUAAAGCUCACGAAGCCUCAAGAGAAUACACUGCUCUUCUUAAGUUUGGUUUCAGGCCGUCAUGUAAGCAGACUGAGUAUGUGCUGUUUUGAAGGAUACCCAGCAGCAGGAACCUUCCUCAAACGCAUGCCACCACAGUGCGAAUGAUACAGGAGUGACCCUUUGAACAUAAAGCAUGCUGGUCACAGAGUCUAAGUAUUAUUGAAGUUCCCCAAACUGAAGAUCAAUGUUACUUACAGACAACCUAUGAUUUCGAGCUCAGGUUUUCAGUCCCCAAUCAGCGUGAACACGGGACUGAAGGGUGAGACCAUAGAGUCCAGGCGAAGAGUCAGUCGAAGGCUGUCAUUACCUCUAGGAAGAUGAACCAAGGCAGCCUGUGAACAUCUCUUCUCCAUAAGCAACUCCUACCUUGAGAAAGUUGAGUUGGUGGUCCUGGUCAUUUCCUUGCUUUACUGAAGUUGCUUGUACCAUUGUAGCUACCUCAGAGGGCAGACAUUUCAUGAGGGUCCAUCAGUGAACCAGUUGCUUUUCUGUUCCUCUGUUCCAGCCCAGCUUUCAUUCCACCCCCCUCAGCUGGAGAUUUUGUAAUCAUGCCCAUUGCCAUUACCACUACAUAAAAACCGAAAGAACAGCGGAUGCUGUAAAUUGGGAACAAAAGCAAAGUUGCUGGAAAAGCCCAGCGGGUCUGGCAGCAUCCGUGAAGGAAAAAACAGAGUUAAUGUUUUGGGUCCAGUGACCCUUCCUCAGAAUCCUUUUCUGGGGAAACCCUUUUCCCAGUUCGGAGGAAGGGUCACCGGACCCGAAACGUUAACUCUGUUUUUUAACUUUACAGAUGCUGCCAGACCUGCUGAGCUUUUACAGCAACUUUUGUUUUUGUGCCAUUACCGCUAUACCUGAUUCCACCAGGAUCAGUUACAUUCCGACCCCAUUGCUGCUGGUUUUAAAACAUACAGCCCUCAUUGAGUUAAAGCAGUGUCCCUGGUGAAUAAUGUCACUUGACACAACCCCCACCCCCCCCAACCACCUGCCCCAACCAAAUGACCCCAGUUCAUUGGAAAACGUCCUUUAGUGCACUGACAAAACUGUCCAACAGUGUUCGUGGUUAUCUUCUGCUACUGGUUUUGGCUUAGCCUGUUCUGUUACAUUUACGAUGCCCAGUGAGAUUUGUGUGCAGUGUAACACCCGAGGUUUUGGGGAAAGAACAGUAUCCUGUUUACUUUUGGUGUUAGGGGAAUAGGCCUGACCAGUGAAGACUACGCUAGUGAUUCCUUCACAUACAGCCACAGGUGAACCUUGUCACCAAUAGAUGUGUAGCAUUCUUUAACCACUUAGUUCUUUCACAGAGACUUGAAGAUGACGUUUUUGUUCGAAGAUCGGUACAAAGCCUAAACAGCCGAUACAGAACAAAUAACAUUCUCACCGAGCACAGAGUGUUGUCCCUGACAAUUGUGAGUGUAAAUACACCACACUGUAUAGUAUAUUAUUGAAUACUUGAAUGUGACAGGGACAGACCCAUUUCUGUGAAUGGUUAUGCCCAAUGUUCUGUACCUCUUAUUUAUUCUAACUGUUGAAGUGAACACUGUGAUUUUCACACUUAAAUUUGAGCAGUUGCCUGUAUUUUGGGAAUCAUGGUGUGAUUUAAGAGGGUAAUACUGGAAUGUUCCCACACACCCUCCAUCCAUGACUGCUAGUAGUCAAAAUAAAGUGCUAACAUAAA